AAAAUAUGAAGUCAUAAACACAUUUAAAUCUCAUUUGGAUCGUUGCCACUUCUUCUUCUCGUUCGCGAGGAUCGUUAACAGUCACUAUUAGACCCUUAAACGUAAUAUAAGAAUGACAGUAAAUAAAUGAAAUGGACGGCGUACAAAAAUCAAUAGAUGAAGAUGACUUUGACGUCAAAAUUGAUUUUGAAAAAGGAUUUGUGGGAAGAGAAAAUGAACUAAAUGAGUUACACAAAGCUUGGGAACGUCAUAGGAUAUUUGGAAUUUUUGGACUUAGAUCCGUCGGCAAAUCGAGACUUGUAAAAGAAUUCUUUAAAAGAUACAAACCGGAAGAUGCUGUAGUUAUACAGAUAGACAUGAAAAUGCUUCCAGAUGUAGUGUCUUUGUAUGCGAUCAUCUGCGCAUCUUUGGGGUUACAAAUUAAUCAGCAGUCGGAAGAGACUGCAAUAUUGAUUCAUCAGAUUGUUAGAUUUAUAUGCACUACAACUGAAAGGCAUUUCAUUUUCUUUUUUGACAACACUGAAGAUUUCCAGGAUAUUAAGGGUGAAAGUGUCCGUGAUUCAUUUUCAACAUUUUGCAGCAGUCUUAUAAGGCAAUGCAAACAUGUAACAGUUUUUAUCUCUUCAACUUCUCGAUUGCCGUUGACUCACUUAGGGGAAGUUUACUAUAGUUAUGAAGUGUUACCUUUGAAACAAACAGAAACACGUCAGCUACUGAAAAAUGUGACUGCGGGAAUCGAACUCGGGGAAUAUGUGGACACUUUAGCAAAUCUGAGUGAAGGCCUGCCUCUCCUGAUUCUAAUGAUAGGGUCCGAACUUACCGAAGAUGGGGGAUUGAUUACUCCAAAGGAUAUGGUUGAGUUUUUGCUUACAUGUAGACUUAGGGCGCUAAGUAGAGACUUUUAUCCCGAGGAAGAUAGAGUUGCUGAUGUCUACCAAAAGUUUCUUGAUCGGCUAGAUGAUGUGUACAAGAAGAGCCUUAUCAUUCUAGAAUAUAUUCCAGGAACAUUUAAUGCUGACCAAGCUAAACAAAUGUUGGAUUUUAAUACAGAUGAGAGUGUCAAAGAGCAGACUUUGGUGCCAAUACGCAGACGACAUGUAUUGAACUAUGACCACACCACAGGCAGAUUCAGUAUUCAAGGAAUACUGCGAGAGUGUUUAUCAACUUUCUAUAUUAUUGAGAAUAUUCCGGAAAUAAGAGAAAAAUACAUUAAAACGUUUUCGACUGUGAUGACCAACAUUUCAAAGCGAAUGAACACAUCAGAAUAUGCAAGUGCGUCGGCUGAAUUUACGGUCGAACAACCAAACUUACGGAAACUGUUAAUAGAAGUACAGUACACGACACAAGAUAACUAUCAUUUCUUCAUUGAGAUGGCUACCACGUGUACAGGCAUGAUAGAACACUUUAUGUCAGGUAACGGAGAAAUAUUUUUACAAACAGUGUCUAAAGGCUGCAGACAUGUAUGGCCAGGAUGAAGAUAGAGCUUCUGUACACAUUGCUGUUGGUAGUUUAUACACAAAUACAACUG